UCAGUCGCGUUGACGCACAAUGACGUGCACAUCUCAAACUCGUUUAAAACAGGAGCAGGUAAUUAAAUUAUCUGCUGUUUGUAAGGUUUAUUGUCGAGGUGCGAACGGUACGUGACCAGGAUUCGCAUGCAGAACAUCCCUACGAUGAUUUAGACUUCGCUUUAAACUUACAGUGCCUCUCUCAACCGACCGGCGUUCACUCACACACACAUUCGCUCGGAUCUAUGCAGUGAUAGUGACUCUGAGCGCGCGGGACAGUGAUGACACAUCAGCGGAGAAUAUUCGCCUUCUGAUCAUUUUACUGCUCCUGACGUAAGCAUUCCAGCAAGAACCGUUAAUGAAAUACUAAAGUGAGUUCGUUUAACCGUUAUGGAGCAUUGUGGAGAGAAAAUGUCUCUGUUGAAGAAAGUGAGGACCGGAGUCGUGUCGAGGGUGUUCAAAUGAUGUGGGAUGUUUGGGUCUUCACUGAACUGUGCAUGAGAUCCUAUGGGAUCUACCUUCGAUUAAACACCUCAAUGCCCUAAACCCAAGGUAUCAGGCUAACGCUAAGACGACCUGAGCUUCGCCCAACCAUUUUGAUUAACUUUCCUCUUCAAUGCCAUCAUGCCAAUCAUCAGCAACGCCAAUCAUGACUUCAGCAACCUCUCGGUCAGUGACGACAGCAGUUUGGACCACAUUUUUACCGAGAUCCCGGAAACUGAGACCAUCAAGGGAGUGUAUUAUCAGCGUGCUCAGUUCAUUCGCCGACCGGAAGAUCUGCUUUCGGUGGACCACGGCCUGCAGGCCCUCAUCAAUGUGGGGGGCAACCGUUACACCUUCCCUUGGAGUACGUUGGAGCAGUUCCCCCUGACUCGUCUAGGACGUCUCAAACCCUGCAGCAGUCCCGAGGAGAUCGCUUGUGUUUGUGACGAUUACGAUGAGACACGCCGUGAAUUUUUUUUUGACCGUAGCCCCAGUGCAUUCCGUGUAAUUCUCAACUUCCUGGCAGCAGGAAAGCUACGUUUGUUACGGGAGAUGUGUGCGCUCUCGCUGCAUGAGGAGCUCAACUAUUGGGGCGUAGAGAUGGCCUACAUGGAACGCUGUUGCAAGCGCAAGAUGUACACUCGCAUUGAGGAGGUCGCCGAGCUCGAGCGGCGGGAGGAGGAGCGCCGUCAACGCAGUAUGCAGCUGCGCCCUCCUGUCGAGGAGACAGGUUACCGAAAGUUCAUGAACCGUUUGAGGGACAUGGUGGAGAACCCUCAGUCGGGUUUGCCGGGAAAGAUGUUCGCCUGUUUGUCUGUGUUGAUGGUGGCGGUGACAGUGAUCAGCCUGUGCAUCAGCACCAUGCCUGACCUCAGAGAGGAGGAGAGUAGGGGUGUGUGCUCCCAAAAAUGCUACCACAUGUUUAUCGUCGAGACGGUUUGUGUGGGCUGGUUCUCACUGGAGUUUCUGCUACGGUUCGUGCAGGCGCGCAGCAAGCUGGAGUUCCUCCGUGGACCCUUGAACAUCAUCGACGCCUUGGCCAUCCUUCCCUACUAUGUGUCUCUGGUAGUGGAAGAGAACCCCACCAACGAACAUGAGCGACCCUCUGGAGGUAAAGGCUACCUGGACAAGCUCGGGUUGGUACUGCGGAUCCUGCGUGCCCUUCGGAUCCUGUAUGUGAUGCGGCUGGCCCGCCACUCUCUGGGCUUGCAGACGCUGGGGAUGACGGUGCGGCGGAGCACGCGUGAGUUCGGUCUGCUUCUUCUCUUUCUUUGCGUUGCCGUGACGCUCUUUUCGCCUCUGGUGCACCUGGCGGAAAGCGAGCUGACCGGAGUGCAGGAUUUCAGCAGCAUUCCCGCCUCUUACUGGUGGGCGAUCAUCUCCAUGACUACAGUGGGUUAUGGGGAUAUGGUACCUAGAAGCAUACCUGGUCAGGUGGUGGCACUCAGCAGCAUCCUCAGUGGAAUCCUAAUCAUGGCCUUCCCAGCCACUUCCAUCUUCCACAUGUUUUCCCGCUCCUACCAAGAACUGAAACAAGAGCACGACAGGCUCUUUAAAGAGGAGUGUGCGGCAGCCGCAGCGGCUACCGCAGGACCCGAUGGCGAGCAGGAUGGAGGAUGGGUGGCCUUUCCUCCUCCCAGACUAGUUCUUACUCCAGACACAGAGACGCCUGGCUCUCUUGAAGACCUUUCUCUUCUCGGGAAUGGUGGGGAGACUUCCGGGAAUAACAAGCACCCGUUACCAGCUGGAGCCUUUUAAGUGAUGCACGCGCAUUGUACACUUCUCUAGAUCAAACCUGUUCUUCCAUGCCCUCAUAAUGAACCCUCUUGCAGUAGAUAGGGUGAAGUUAAAGGGCCUUGAAGCUAUUUUGUCUUCCAUCAGCCACAAGCUGAUCAUGUACUAAGUACUAAUUCCUUCAUAUUCACACUAUGGACAUAUAAGAUUUAGCACUCCAUGAAAAUCCAUGCAAUAGAAGUAAAAAAUAAAGCUAGAUAGUUUAACUUUAAAGCCUUGUUCCACACAGUUAGACAUACAGCAGAAAAAUUUAGGUUCCUCAAAUUAACUGUCAAAAUUCUUUUAACAAAUCCAAAGAUGUGUUUUUUUUUUUUUUUUUUUGACUGUUUCAGGUUCAAGAAUUGCUCUUCCAGAGAAUGUGCACACGAAAUGUCCUGCACCGGUUUGGGACAGACAUGCUCUUGUACAGCUCCAAAUAAAAACAGCAGUAAUCUCAAUGUCCUGUCCUGUUUUUUAGGGUUCAGAGAAGGAUUUUCUAAUCCUCUUCUUUGAAACGCUCAAUCAUUAGACACAGUGACCCUGUUCUCUUCAUUUUAUGAAACAGCACUUAUGUGCCCCUGCCAUCUGCCAGCUCUGACAUGCAGCAGUUAUGUGUGUGAAUGAAUCUAUGAUUGUUUUAGUUUUUAUUGCUAGAGUUGAGAUGCAGCCAUGCUGUGACCUCAACAAGUUCAACAUAGUUUUCAUCGUCUUCUUGCUGAUUUCCCCAUAGGAGAGUCUGUUGCCCCCAGGUGAAGAGCUUCUCUGUAUAAGGUCAAAAAAUUGUCCCACUGCCCAAUGCUUGCAGGGUCCAGCUGGUGGGGGGAGAAUCGUGAUUAGGCUGGGGAUUAACAUGCAAUAAAUUCAUAGUGAUAAAAAGUCAGAAUCUGUGAUGGACUUUGCUUUGUCAACAAAUCACAAAUUUGCACCUCUAAUCCAAUUAUUCAGUCAUGUUGCAUCGGAUGUUCCAUAAAUGGCCUUGAUGCUGCACUAAAAGUCCCAGAAGACUGAGUCAUGGAUCGGGAAAAGGUACAGAGGAAACCAAGAGGCUUUGAUUAGACCAAUCAAACUGCAUGUGUAGCUUUUCACAGGAUUAACCAUCUGGUUGAAUCAUUAAAUGGACAUCAGCUUGUUCAUUAUGUAAAGGUUAAACCUGUUUAUCGCUUGUUUUUCUUUCAUGAUAGACAAGCAGUGUCAGGUUCAGGUCUCAGAUGGUCCAGGGGUGUCUCAAUCCACUAGUAAGUAACCAGAUAGUCAACAGUUUCUGUCAGAAUCACUAUAUUAUAUUAGAAAUGUCAUCAUGCUCGUCAAAAAAGGUGGAUAAGAGUAUACUUCAUAAAGCCAACAAAUGACACCAUGCAAUUCUCUACAGCGAUGUUGUUGAUAAAUGCCAGCUAUAUUUAAUGCACAACUGAAAUUGUGUUGCAGUUCAUUGAGUCAUUGGCAUCUCAAUGUUUAGUGGUUAUAUUCAUGUUCACAUUACACUGCUCCUAAACUGUUAUGUAACAUAUCCGGGAAGAGAAAACCAUAUUCUUAUCCGUUUUGAUAGAACGUAUUCUAUUGCGGUAACAAUUCAUAUGAACUUAAUAACCAUCUGCACCAUUUAACAGAAAUGGGGGGAAGCUUCGUGAGAUAUGCCAUCAGCUCAGCUAUAAAGAUGCUUUUAGCCACAGUGCUUAUUGAAAAAUCUUGUUGGCUUGAUGGAUGGCUUGAAUGAUGUAUCAUAUGCCAUUAUUUAUCAAGGAAGGCCAUAUCUAGAUGGCAAAUGUCUGCUGCUGGUAUCAGUGAUUGAUGUAGAAAGCAUCAAGAAGGAUUUAAGAGGCAAUCUAUCAGAUCUUCUUGAUGGAGAGAUUGAUUCCUAUUCGAUAGGUAAGUUGCUUUUUAGAUUUCAAAGUGUAGUAAACCUAAUAUUUAGUUCUCUCUUCAAGUCAACAUUUUACGGGUGCAAUCUAAACAAUAGGUCAAUGAUGCGUGUAUGUGUUUUAACAUUUCAGAGUGUAUAGUGGUGGUUGAAUGUUAUGGUUGUGUGUUUGUGACAAGAACAAAGCAGUCCAUGGAUGGAUGGAUGGAUGGCCGGCCAUUGCAGUCUCUCUCACCCAUGACUUUUAAAGCUGAUCAUGGUCUUCAUUUAUCAUCCAGGACCCUUAGAAUUAAAAAGGCUUAUUUUUUGCCACUGUCCCUUUAAGAUGUCCAUUUAUAUAUGCCCUUUUCACGUGAAACCAGUAAAAGCACUGUAAUACGCUUACACACAUCUUUCAAUAACUUGGCAACGCCUGCUUUACAUUGUGACAUUUUACAUAACACUGCAAUAUAACGCAUAAACUGUGAAGGUCAGGCUAGAAUGAUCAAAAACUGUACUUGUUUUUAUUGGUAGGAUAUUAAUUUUACUGAUAUCAUUAGUUCUUAUGGUGUUUAGAAUGUUAUCUUUUAUGUGUCUUACUUUCUCAUUACUUGAUCGUUACUGAGCAGCCCAGUUUAUGAAUGCUGAAUUGACGUUAUUGAUGUGUAAAUGUGGGUGGUGUCAGACAUCAAGAUGUUUUUGCAGCGUUGUUGCAUUAAAUGGCCUUGUGAACGCUUUUUCGCUUCUAAAAAGAUCAAGGAAAACUGUAUUUCCUGUUACAUUAAUCUUUAAACUCUCCAUGAUUGGCACGAGUUCUGCAGUGCUGUCUGGAUGCUUCUAUUAGCAUAUUUGUGAUGUUGUCAUCAUACCACAUUUCAGGCUCAAAUUUAACUUUUUAUCACUGCAUUAAGCUUCUUCUUGGCGGAGAUAGUAUAAGUGAACAGAUGUUUGAGUUCUCCAUAUACAGUUCAGUUUUGAUCUGAUAUGUCAGUCAUAAUUGAGCACAGGCUUGUCAAUCGGUCUGUUUCUUUGUAAAUGGAUUUAAUCUUGUGAACUUUGGCUGACAUUAUAGUGAUCUGGAUAUACAGCAUACAUUGAAUUACCCAGAAUUCACCGCCUAAUCUCAUCUCAUUUUGAGCAGUUUUUCUGCAUUUUUUCAAAUACACAGUCGGUAGUAUAGAUUAAAGAAAGAGUCUCUUGUGAUGUAACAGUUCUAACCAGGCUUGAUGAGAUUAGGUGAAAACUUGCUAUAUAUCAUAUAUUAAAUAUGUUUUGACUUGUCACAUCCUGCAGCUUUUUUGCUUUUACUGUGGAUCGACAAAUAGCUUGACGUAGUAAACGUAUUGCCUUGCUUCUAGCUAUGACACUGUGUCAUUCUUUCUGUCUUCUGUCUUUCAUGAUGGUAAGAGCCUCAAUGGGCAGUAAGCUUCCCAUUAAUCAUAGUUGACAGCUUGACCAUAGAUGUACCGCAGCAUGGCAAUGAAAUUCUGGAAAGGGUCUCGCUUGGAAAGUUAAAGUGUUCCUCUUCUCUGUAUCACAUGAGCAUCAUCAUUGCAGUAGUUAUAGGCGGAGGUUUUAUUGAACAUUAGAGACCUUAGUGUCUUUGAAAGACAGCUGUGAUUGGUGCCAUUCCUAGUAUUACUUUAAAGGCAAAGUUUUAAAAAUGAAUCAAAGGCUCUAGGAGGAGGCGUUUUCAGCAUUUUUUUCCCAGGCUUAAUUCACAGUGAGUAUCCAUGUAUUAUUUAUAUACCACAGAAAGCUGAUCGAAAGAGUAGUUGGGACAGUUCAAGCACUCAUUCAUAUGCAGAAUAAGUCGGGUUCAUUUAAAGAGUGCCAUAUGAUGUGCUAUCAGCUAAUAAACUCGGAUUAGAUAUUUCAUCUGUUCAUUUGCAGCAUCUGGCUCAUAAACAUCUCUCUUUCCUAGAAUAAGUCUCAUUCUCUGUUCAAAAAGAGAAAAGUACUGUAAACGUGUUUAGUUGGAACAUUGUUCAUCAUCCCUGAGAACCUAGAAGGUUGUGGAGUAAAACAAUAAAUGUGAAAUGAGUUUCAUUACAUUUGUUCGAUUUUUCAAAAACAAAUGUCAUGUUUACAAUAAUGCAAUUACAGUUGAAGUCUAUGGGCCUUCAACUUUUCACUGUACACAAAUAAAAAGGCUACCUGCAAUGUGCUGUUUAUAUACUAUUUAUAUAGAGACUGAUGAUGCUUUUCACAUUUUCUUUCUUAGUCAGGUUUCUCAGGCUCUUAAGCAGGUGUUUGUGCAUGAUGGUUCUUAUUCCUGCCGUCAAAUGAGCCACUUGUGUGUUCUGCUGAUGUCUGCUUGAUGUUCUGCUCAGGUACAAAGUGUCUUUUUGUGUCCCUCAGAAACCACCAACAAACUGUUUCAGAUUUGGAACUGUAACAAGCCUUCCAUCUUAUAGACAAACUAAUAUAAUGUAGUUGACGUUUCUAGUAUCUUGUGGUGAAAAAUGUGGUUUUGUCUCCUAAAAUGUAAUGAAAAUGACUGCUUAUACUGUGAUAUGUCUGCUAUUACGUGAUGGCAACCAACAUCUGUUCUUCUACAUUACUCCAAAGUGGUGUAGUUUGACGUUUUAGACAGAAAUAGAUUGAGAGAGUCGAUGAAUAAUGCUAGUAAAUACUAAUUUGAUAAGAUAAAUGAAAGAAACAGAGAAUAGUGACUUUACAAUUACUGCAAAGUCAUAAUUUAACUGCAUUGCAACAUCGUUAGCAAGCUUUACAUUUCAUCUCUGGUGCUUUAAAUUCCUAUAAUGGGUGUUUUAUGAUAUUGAAUUUCUGUAUAUCAUCCCAUAAACAGAUCGGAUGUCAAAGGCUAUGUUCAGAGUGAAAUAAUAGCUUUCUGCAUACUGUGCAAUACAUACUCAAAGCUUUUUGUAAAUAUGUGAAAUGCAUACAAGAUCCGAAAAAUGUGAAAAAAAUUUCAUUCAGGAUACCAGACUAGUACUGAACUAGUUAUUUUGUGGUUUUUAACCCAACUUUUGUGUAAAAAAAAAAUAUAUAACUUUCUGACAUCCAAUUAAAUAACGAGAAAGACGUUGAAAAUCAUAUUAAUAGUACUUCUAGGUCAUUUGUUGUUCUGGAAAUGGAAGGUUAGGUGGAGUCCAUUGUAUUGUGUGAUUCAUUACAUUGUAUUCCAUACACAUAUUCCUUGCAUUGUGUUCUGCUGUAAACUGCACAUUUUAGUAAAAGUAGUAGGUCGUACAUUUAUUCAUUUCAUGCAGGUGUAUUCUAUAUGCAUACUGCAGAUAUUUUUAAGAGUUAUAAAUUAUGGCAUUACAUUGCAUUGCUGUAAUAAUACAAACUUGUUCUGAUGUAAUACAGAAGCUGUUAUGUUGGAAUCAUACAUGAACAAGAGAGAUCAGAGAGAAGGUGGAGGGCCGAGAUGAAGCAGGUAUCUAGAGAUAAGAAGGCAGAUACAGGACACUGAUGAUUACUGGGCAGAUUAAAGGGCAGCGUUAAUCAUCUGAUCACCAUGGGUAAUUAGUUGCAACUUCUAACAUCCUAGAACCAAUCGAUCAAAGCUCACUCUAAAUAGCCCACAGUCAGGGACGAGCUAUUCUAGAGGCCAUGGUGACCAGAAUGAUGUCAUGUCAGGGAAUGUAGAAAUGUCCCUGAAUCAGUUAUGCGACUGUGACUGUAAUGUAUUAAUGUGCGUCAUCAGACCUCACGAAGGAUGGUGGUGAAUCCAUAAAAUGUCCACAGACAAAUUAUUUCAUUUAUGAUUUAUAAUCACCUUUCCCCAGGUCUGGGUUCUUACACUCUGCACAAAUUAUUAAACUGCCUUUUAUUAUCAGCAGGUACAGUGGAGUAGGAGAACGUAAUCUAUCUAUCUAUCUAUCUAUCUAUCUAUCUAUCUAUCUAUCUAUCUAUCUAUCUAUCUAUCUAUCUAUCUAUCUAUAUAUCUGCCUUGUCUUGCCUUGCCUUGCCUUGCCUAUUAAUUUACUAUAACAUUAAAAAAAAUUAUUUAAAUGUAAUCUUGACAAGCAGUGUUUUUGGAAUGAUCAAAAA